AUUUUGGAACGAAAUGUAGCGAAGAGAAGUACAGUAGUAAGAGUAACAUUGUAGCCGCCGCCGGCCGAGGGGGCGCGCCGGGGAGGGGACACCGCACCCCCUUUCUGCUGCCGGGACCCCCGAUCAGAGCCCCCGAGAGAGAAGGCGCCCGAGGACCCGCCCCGGCCCUGUCCACGUUCCCCCCAGGAAGCCGGACUCUAUGGGGCGGGACCCUGGGGCAGACUGAGCAGAACCUGGAGCCAGCCCUGAACCCCUGAACCUCAGGCCAGGGGCGCCCCGGGAGCACCUACCCCGUGGGCGCUCCGCCCGCCCGCCGAGCAGCCAUGAGUGAGACGGUUGUCUGCUCCAGCCGGGCCACUGUGAUGCUCUAUGAUGACAGCAACAAGCGAUGGCUGCCUGCUGGCACGGGCCCCCAGGCCUUCAGCCGCGUCCAGAUCUAUCACAACCCCACUGCCAACUCCUUCCGGGUGGUCGGCCGGAAGAUGCAGCCAGACCAGCAGGUGGUCAUCAACUGUGCCAUCGUCCGGGGUGUCAAGUAUAACCAGGCCACCCCCAACUUCCACCAGUGGCGUGACGCCCGCCAGGUCUGGGGCCUCAACUUCGGCAGCAAGGAGGAUGCAACACAGUUUGCCGCCGGCAUGGCCAGCGCCCUAGAGGCAUUGGAAGGAGGUGGGCCUCCGCCCCUGCCGACGCCACCUACAGCACCUCCCACCUGGUCUGUCCAGAACGGCCCCUCCCCAGAGGAGAUGGAGCAACAGAAAAGGCAGCAGCAGUCGGAGCUCAUGGAGCGGGAGCGCAGGGUCUCCAAUGCAGGAGGCCCACCUGCUCCCCCAGCUGGGGGACCACCCCCGCCUCCAGGACCUCCCCCUCCUCCGGGUCCCCCCCCACCCCCUGGUCUCUCCUCCUCAGGGAUCUCGGCUGGGGGGCAUGGAGCAGGGGGAGGCCCACCCCCUGCGCCCCCUCUCCCCACAGCACAAGGCCCCAGUGGUGGAGGGACCGGGGCCCCGGCCCUGGCCGCAGCCAUUGCCGGAGCCAAACUCAGGAAAGUCAGCAAGCAGGAGGAGGCCUCAGGGGGGCCCUUGGCCCCCAAAGUUGAGAGCAGUCGAAGCACGGGCGGGGGGCUCAUGGAAGAGAUGAAUGCCAUGCUGGCCCGGAGAAGGAAAGCGACACAAGUCGGGGAGAAAACCGCCAAGGAUGAAUCUGCCAAUGUGAGUCAGGGGCUCUUCCUGCCAUAUACCCCUUAGGAUGUACCGUUUGGGUAGGAAUAUUGGGGAGGGGGCUGUGAUAGGGAUGGGC